AUGUUGGAAGAAGAUAACGAUGAGAUCUGUUGGAAUAACCUGGAGAACUUCCGAGUGAAGCUGAUCUCUGUGAUAGACCCUUCCCGUAUAACUCCCUACCUGAGGCAGUGCAGGGUGAUCAGCCCUGAUGAUGAGGAGCAGAUCCUCAACGACCCCAGCCUGGUCAUGCGUAAGAGGAAGGCAGGUGUUCUUCUGGACAUCCUCCAGCGAACAGGACACAAAGGCUUUGAGGCAUUUAUGGAGAGUCUUGAGCUUUAUUAUCCACAGCUGUACAAGAAGAUAACGGGCAAGGAGCCCAGCAGGGUUUUCUCCAUGAUUAUAGACAGUGCAGGGGAGUCUGGGCUGAGCCAGCUCCUGAUGAACGAGAUCAUGAAGCUGCAGAGUGUGGUGCAGGAGGAGCGGCGCAAGGCACAGGAGCUCACGGUGUGGCUGCACGCCAAGGAGGACACCAUCAGGGAGAUGUGGGUGAGGGACAGCCUGCUAAAGAAGCACCAGGAGCGUGCACAGAAGAUGAAGGAGGAGAGGGAUAGCCUGAGCAAGGAGCUGAGGAAGUGCAAGGAUGAGAACUACAACCUGGCAAUGAGCUAUGCCAAGCAGAGCGAGGAGAAGAGCACGGCCCUCAUGAAGAACCGGGACCUGAUCCUAGAGAUUGAUCACUUGAAGCACAGCCUGAUGAAGGCUGAGGAUGACUGCAAGCUAGAGCGUAAGCACACCAUGAAGCUGAAACAUGCCAUAGAGCAGCGCCCGAGCCACGAGGUGGUGUGGGAGAUCCAGCAGGAGAAGGAGUUGCUCUUGGCCAAGAACCAGGAGCUGGAGAACACUCUCCAGCAGGUUGCCAGGGAACAGAAUUUGGAGAAGAGCCUCUCCAAGGAGACUGUGGAGAAUGACUCCAGCCAGCUGCUGGAGGAACGUCGAGAGCUGGUGAACACCAUUUACAGCCUGCGCAAGGAGCUGCGGCGAGCUGAGGUGCUCCAGGACAAAUAUGCAGAGGAAAAAGAGAUGCUUGAGCUCCAGUGCACAUCCCUGAGGAAGGACUCCCAGAUGUACAGGAAGCGGAUUGAGGCUGUGCUGCAGCAGAUGGAGGAAGUGGUGUCAGAAAGAGACCAGGCUCUGCUGACCCGGGAGCAGUUCCACAUGCAGUACUCCAAGAGCCUGGUGGAGAGGGAUGCUUACCGCAAGCAGAUCCGGGAGCUGGGGGAGAGGUGUGAUGAAAUGCAGCUGCAGCUCUUCCAGAAGGAGACCCAGUUACUGGCCACUGAAGCCAAGCUGAAAAGGUUGCAGCUGGAGCUGCCCACACUGACCUCUGACCUGGAUGAUGCAUCCUCCAGAGAUUCCCAGGAACUUACUCUUCCUCACAGUCACCUGGAUGAAGAUACACAGCUGACUAAAAAGGAUUUCCCUGAAGGACAAAAGCAGGAACUCAGCACUCCAGAGAGCACUCUGCCCCCACAGUCACCACGUUUCAAGGAGUGUGGCUUAGCCCCCGAGGAGGCUGCAGACAAGGAGAGGAGGAGGAUGAAGGACUGUUUCGAGCGUUACCGAAGGAAAAGAGCAGUGAGGAGAGCACCAAAGGAGCGACAACAUGAGGCUGACUGGGAGAACACCACGGGCAGUGACAACACUGACACUGAGGGCUCCUGA